UGUGCGGUCAGAGGCACGUACUUUCCGUCGGAAUUGGCGGGUUGCUGGAGGCAGCUUGCGUGUGCCUUUUGUCUGACCAGUCAAGGAACCUCGAUAAAUUAAUAACAAACUAUUUUCUCAGUCGACAGAUUUCAAACGUUUGUCGAGAAUUAAAGCCGCUCUAUCUGCAGGAAACCACCGUAUUUGGUGUUAUUUCGCCCUUAAUUCCGUAAUUCACAGCACUGUUGACGUUGACAGGGAACCGGAAGGUUCCGCAGAGCCUCCCCCCUUCAUGACGAGCAUGAGCCAACCAACAGAGACAGCCAGUGAUGCUCCCAGCGUCACCGAAGACGAGAAGCUGGCGGCCACCGCUGGAAAGAAGCUUAACAAGAAGAAGGUGGAGGAGGUUGUAGAGGAAGAGGAAGAAUAUGUGGUGGAGAAAGUCCUGGACAGAAGGGUGGUGAAGGGCCGAGUGGAGUUCCUGCUCAAGUGGAAGGGCUUCUCAGAAGAAGACAACACAUGGGAACCAGAGGACAACCUGGACUGUCCUGAUCUCAUUGCAGAGUACAUGCUUAAACAUAAACCUGCAAGUGAUGAGAAGAAAGAUUCUAGUGGAAAGAGGAAAGGAGAAUCUGACACAGACGGUGGAGAAGACAGCCGGCCCAAAAAGAGGAAAGAUGAGCAAGACAAGCCGAGAGGCUUUUCACGGGGGUUAGACCCAGAACGCAUCAUUGGAGCCACAGAUUCCAGCGGCGAGCUCAUGUUUCUAAUGAAAUGGAAAAACUCUGACGAGGCAGAUCUCGUUCCAGCCAAAGAGGCUAAUGUGAAGUGCCCGCAGGUGGUCAUCUCAUUCUACGAAGAGCGACUCACAUGGCACUCUUACCCUUCUGAAGAAGAAGAGAAGAAAGACGAUAAGAACUAGGCUUGUGAGGGAAAACAAGAUAGGUGGCAAGUCAGUACUAGUUAGGGUGGGGGGACAUGGGAAGUUUAGAUAUGGGGGAACCGAGACAAAAAUGCUUACACUCGAUGCCAUAAAAUCGGACUCGGAGUAUAUUCAGAGCAUGAUAUACAGACGUGGAGUCAUCAAAAGUGAUUUUAAUCAAAAUACUGAUCCCAUAAGCAACACGGGAUGACUGUAUUUCCUCUUUGCUUCUCUUUCUCUUUCUUUUUUGUUUGAUUAUGGGAAAUGGGGUGUAUAUGCUGCAGUAGUUGCCCAGUUGUCGUUCCCGGUGGUGAACGCCUGAUUAUGUAUAUGUUUAAUGGAAUGGAUCCUAUGUGCACAUCCUCAUGCUCUGUUUUUCUGACAAGAGAUUUGAAGGACAUUUAAUGUCUAGAUCAGAACGUGUCUCAAUGUAAAAUGCUGUCCUAAGUUUAAACAUAGUAAGUAUGCAACACUAUAACUGAAAAAAACAAACAAACAAUGGAUAUAAAGUUUGAGUAAAUUGUGAUUUUGAUAUCAGUCUGUAGUUUUCUCUGAAUCUAGGCGUAGUUUUUUGCUCAACUCAGUUAUGAUUGUGUACAGUUACUGUGUUUUGUCUUCUCAGGGCAGUAUGACCUAAUUCCUUAAGCCUUCUCCUUUUCCUUUUCAUCAAUUUGUUUGAGACUUAAGUCAUUUGUUGUGUAAAUGCAUUCAAAACUGUUGUCACCUUAUUAGUGAGCACAUUGCUGUGUAGUGCGGUCUUGGUGUUUUAGCAGUAUUUUUGAAUUUAUUCAUGUAUACAGUAUUCUUGCCUUUUAUUUGUUCACCACUUGAGGAUAUGAGCUGCAGAUAUGCACACACAAACAAUGUAUGUGUGUGUAUAUUCACAAAUGGGUUUUUUUUUAUCAAUUCUAGUCAGCUUAGUAAACUGCAUUUCCCAUAAUCUUAUAUAAAUGUUUAUUUUUAACUAUUAGCUGUCAGUGUAUUUUAUCAGUUGCAUUACUGUGUGAAGAGUAAAUAUACUCUUUAGAUUCCAGCUUCCUGGCUCACAAUACUUAUGAAAACAUUGAUGAGAGGUUGACACUGUUUUACUCUCUUUGGCGGUGCUUAUGAAUUAGAAUGUACUACACAGCUUUAAUGCACCUUUCUUUUUUUUCAUAAACGUAAAUGUGUAGUGAAGGUAGAAAAGCUCACCAACAUUACCAUGCUACAGAUCAGGUCUCUUGGUACCACUUUUGCACCAGCAUAAACAUGUUAGUAUUGGUAAUGUUAAUUUUAAACUGUAAUGAAGCUCUUCAAAAUGUUUUGGCAUUCGUUAAAAUAGUGCUUUGAUCACUGGAUACGUCUUUCGCUAAAUAUGGUAUUAAUAGUGGCAUACUCUUCUGCUGCGUACCAGAGAACCCUGAAGUGCUUUUAGUUGUACACAAUCAGUAAUGUGACUGCAUUAUAUUACUCUCUGAUUGUCUGUUUUCUCUUUUAAAGUGUACUGUUUGAUGCAUGUUGCUUUCUUUCAUUUUCACUUUUUCAAGGGGGAGAUGAUUAUUUGUUCAUUAAACUAAACUUUUGUAUUAA